AUCGACUCAAAUCGACUCAUACCGACUAAAUCGACUAGAAUCAACUCAAAUUGGCUCAAAUACGCGUUACCCCGCCGUCAUGAACGUUUACAUGAAAACGCAUGCUUCGGCUCACCGUCCAUGACAUUCUCCAGUCCAUGUUUUUUUUACUGAACAAUAUUUUUUUCAUUCACCAAACAAUAAAUGCCCGUCGAUUAUGACCUCACCAUCUCCAACUGAUUAAAUAAUCCAUAAUCAAAAGAGAAAGGGUCCACUGGCAGCAUCUGAGACUGAAAAUUCACUGGGAUGAUCAAAACCGGGGAAGAGGGCAUCAGGCCCUUUCAUCAGACUGUUGAAUUACACGGAACGGAGGACCAGCACUCAGUGGAGAUCUACUCAUCAGACGUGACAGUGAUUCCCUCACCAGGAGGUCACGAUCACGGCAGCUCCAAAGUAAAACUAAAAAACAUAGUGGACUUCACAUGGGAGCCUCAUUUCUACACUGGUCAGCUGUUGGCAGUCCACAUGUCAGGAAAAUACCUGGCGUACGGUAUAAAAUCAGGGAGUGGAGCGGGAGUGGUAAGGGUGGUUUACAAGGACCUGGAGCAGAGAGCCCUUCUCCGAGGAAUGCAGGGAGCAAUUCAGGAUCUUGCAUUUGCCCACUCCACCAACGCAAUUCUGGCAUGUGUCGACUACUUGGGGAGUGUUUUUGUCCACACCAUUGUCUCCUCAACAACUCAACUUGUCUGCAAUCUUCAGCUUCACAUCGUUGCCGGAGACGCUUCCCCUAUGAGCUACAGGGUGAUCUGGUGCCCAUAUAUUCCAGACGAAGAGCCACGCGAUGAUGAUGAAACACGAGAUAAUGUUGAAACACGCGAUGACGUUGAAUCACGCGAUGGCGCCGCCAAAUUGCUCAUCGUCACUCGUGGUGCCAGUGCUGAGCUGUGGUCUGUUGACAGUGUCUUUACACAAUUGGGGUCAGGACCUAUCAAGCUCAGUGAUCCCAGUGUUGUCAAUUGCGGUGGAUUUACUGAGAUUUGUAAGCACCAAGGGGCCAUCGUCGAAGCUAUUCUGAGUCCUGAUGGCACUGCUAUUGCCACUGCUAGUCUCGAUGGUGAAGUCAAAUUCUUUCAGGUAAAUCUCAUUGGUAGUACGUUAGAGGCACCAAGUUGCCUGCACAUGUGGCAGCCCCACCAAGGUCGCGCAAUUUCCUCCCUCUUCUUCCUGGACGACCACAAAAAUUGCCAGGAAGACGCCCAGUUCUGGAGAUUCGCUAUAACAGGCUGUGACAACAACAGCGAACUCAAGAUCUGGUCUUGCGAGAAAUGGGUGUGCCUGCAGACGAUAAAAUUCCAGCCCUCGCCAACAGGAGGCAAGAGCCCAGUGUUGAAAGCAGGUCUGGAUCUGGCGGCAGGUUUUCUCCUGCUGUCAGAUAUUGCCAACAAGGCCCUGUACAUUCUGAGCCUCUCCAAGAACACAACGGACUCAGUGGCCUGUGUCGCGAGUAUAUCAGAGUUCCUUCUCCCGUACUCAAUCCUGAGUUUUGCCAUCGUCGAUGCAGGAUUGAGAAAAGUUCGACCAACAGGGGAGUCCCUGGAGGACCUGUGCCCCUGCGAGGACGAAUGUGAGGAUCAGAUGGUCAUCAGGAUGUAUCUAGUCCAGCCAAAGUCCCUACAGGAGUGUCACAUCGCAUUUCAGCCAGCAAAACUCAUAUCUAAUCCCUGCCUGAUGGACACAUUGACCCACGACUCGUUGGAUUACACCGAGGACCUCCAGCACAUUCAUCACGAGCAGAAUGGCAUCAAUGAGGACAAUGGUGAGGAGUCAGUGACAGCUACGAUCGAGGCUAAUCACUCGACGAGUCUCAAUCUUAUGACACCUGAUGCAUUCAGCUCACCAGCCAAAAAGGAUAAUAUCUCAAGCUCGACGUCACCAGAGCUGGGUAACGUUCUGUCAGCAUCACCAUCUCUCUCUCAGGCUGUUCAAGCACUGAAUAUUCAGGAGGCACCUCUUGCCACCAGUGAGAUCGAGCAAGCACCACCCAGUGGUGGCAGCAGUCCAUCACGAGAGGUCAGGGAGAUCCUGUCGCUUGCUGAACCCGAUGAUGAUGACGACGAGGAAGAGGAGAUGAAGGAAUUUGAAGCGAAAAUCAAGAAUGAGGGCAACUGGUCGAAUAUUCCGAUGGUUAGGUUAAAGGAUGUUCAGGUAGAUUCUCAGGAGCCUGGGGAUAUCAAGAGAGAGGACAAGUCAAUGGAGAUGAUUCUGGCUACUCAGAGUGCUGUUAAUACUCUGUCGACUAAGCUCGAUGGAAUUCUGCAGGUUCUUCAGGAUCAGAGGCGAGAGCUCAACGAGAUUCGAGGAGAGAUGAUAACUAUUAGGCAGGACACACCCAUUUCGGCGAGGGUCGAGUCUGCUCUUGCCAGAGCCACACAACAGCAAUUGGCUACUAUUGAACAGAGCUUGUACACUCGUUUGGCAAGUCAGAAUGAUUUUCUGGGGACUGUCGAGGGAGCUCUCAAGAAAAAUAUCGAGUCAAUACUUCCUAGAGUAGUUAGUGAAGUCGUUGCUCCCGUGAGUAAUCAAAUGAUCAAUGACUUCAAGAGAGUCGAUGAACUCCUCAAGGACAAUCUCACACAGUUAAUUGGAGGUGCUCACAUGAGAGAUCUGAUCUCCCUGUCAGUGGCAAGUUCAGCGAAGCCAGCCCUGGACAAUGCCUUCAGGGAGUCCUUCUCGAAUGUUCUCCUCCCUGGAAUCGAAAAAGCCUGUCACUCCAUGUUUCGCCAGAUUCAGGACGCCUUUGCCAAGGGAACCAGAGAAUAUCUCCAGCAUAUCGAGCAAAUCGUGGAGAAGGUCUGCCAGAGGAGAAACGAACAACAGAGUGAAGCCCUAUCGAACCUGGUGAGGGAGGAAUUGAGGAGGGAGAUGACGAAGGGACUUGGAAGUCUGCAGGAUGGAAUUCUCAGGUCUGUCAAGGAAUCUGUUAAAGAUAAUCUCGGGCAACAUUUGAUUGACAUACAAGCGAGAUCGAGGGCAACAACACCUGGAAUUACUGUCAGCAGUCCAGCUGAUGCACAGGUCAGGGUUAUGUCUCUACUCCAGAGGGGACAGUUGAAUGCUGCUUUCCAGCAGGCUCUCAGUGCCAGUGACCUAGGUCUCGUUGUUUACGUUUGUGAAAAGACUGAACCUGCCAGGGUUUUCCCCGGUCCUGGGGCACCUGGACAAAAUUCCAGAUGUCUACUACAGCAGCCUGUGAUACUCUCCUUGGUCCAGCAACUGAGUGCUGAUCUUGGACAUCGUACGGAAUUGAAGCAUAAAUGGUUGGAGGAGGCAAUUCUGAAUCUUGAUCCAACUGAUCCAGUAACCCGUGAACACAUGGGUACAGUCCUGAUGACUCUCCAGACACAACUGGCUUCUUUCGUCGCUGCUAAUCCAAAUGUUCGCACAACGAAGGGUAUGAAAAUGCUGGCAAUGGCUGCCCGAGCACUCCUCCUCAAUCAACAUCAAUGAUAACCAGUCUUUCUCCCAUUCAUCCAAACUAUUAUUUUCUAACGUCGAAAUACUGGCAGAAGCUUUCCACCGAGAUUUAUCCAUGAAGAAUUUUUUUCUCUUGUCUGUGCAGUCGAGUAGAGGAGAUUGUGGAAUUAAUGGACUAGUCUUGAAGGUUUAACCAUUAUUUUUGUCAUGAGACAAAUUCCAUGUGUUCUUGAUUUCUGUAAUGAUUUUUUGAGAGGCGAUGGGGUUAAUUGACUUGGAGAUUAGUUAUCUGUGAAUAUUUUUACUGGAUCCUCAAAGAUAUUCAUGGAGAACUGGCGAAAUUUCCUCAUCUCCUCUCACCACUCAUUUCCGAUUAUUCGAAACCUUUUCUUCCAACUACUGCGACAUUUUACUCAGUUUUUUUUUCUGAGUAAAAUACUUUCGAUUCUGAAAAUGACGAAGACGAAGAUGUACAAUCGUGUUGAAUAGUUUUUCUAUUUAGUUUUUUCUCUUUUACACGUUGGAAAGAAUUUUUUCACUCUGACAGAUGUUUAAGGUGACGUAAUGAGAAAAAAUAUCGCACAGAUGUGCAGUGAAUUCUAUUUAAUUUUCCCUGUUAAGGAGACUGUUUCCUUUCGUUUUCUUUAUUUUUAUGGAUUUAUAUCUGAUGUUUUCUCGACUCGAACUGUUCUGAUGCAGUUAAUGAAAUAUUCUCUUUAUUUUUUUCAUUUUUAUUUUGGAUUUUUCGUGAGAAUUUAAUCUUUGUUUUGACACUGAAUUUGGAUAACUCGCUGAUUCAGCUACUGACUUAUAUUUGUAUCGAGAUACUUAGGUAAACAAAUAUAUAUAAACAGUUCUAGAUAUAUUUUCUGUUGUGUAUCACGGAGGAAGAGGUGUUGGGCUCAGUGAGGAGAAAGACCAUUGAGUUGUAUUUUUUUCUUGGUAUUGAGUAUGAAUUUUUGAAGAAGUCCAGUAGAGGAGAUGUAUUAAUAAUAAAUCACUUUCUUACAUAUUUUCUAUUUUGUCUUGUUUUAUUUCUGUUCCUGUCAUGACUUCAAUAGUUUAUUAUUUGAUUUGAAAGAGAAAUUUUGAAAACUCAGUGAUGAUUUAAUUUUUAAUUUUUAUACCUCUAUUCUAUCAAUUCCUCAUCAAUUCGCUUGGAU